GUUUAGUAGAGUAUUGUGGAAACCACAUUAAAGAUUUAAGGAUAUAUUUUGUUUAGUUUCGUUCUGGUGAUAAUUUUUGCUGGCUCGAUCGCUCCACCGCCGGCGUUGCCAGAUUUUAGUAUUUGCAGUAUUUGUAACGACAAACAGCUGAUUGGAGUCGCCGGCAUCUUUUUGUUGUCACUUGGCGCGACAAUUUCUAUUUAUUAAGUUUCGAUAUUGAGUAAAUCCAAAGUUUCGGCUCCCCAAUAACAUGUCCGACGACGACUUCGAUAUAUUCAGUGCCGCCUGCAGGCGGGCUCCGAGGGAUGCCUUGCCCCUUGCUACCUUUGAUAAUCCUUGCGACGACUCCUUCUCCAAGGAGACGGACUACGACUUCCUAGGAACCAGCACCAAGAAAACGAGUAGAGUUAGAAAAGCCAAGGUGGUGACGGAACCCCAAAAUAAAGUACAGAAAAGUAAAAAGAAAGAAGAGAUCCAAAAGGAUGAACAGGUGCCUCCGGAACCUGCCGAGAAGCAGCUGGACUCUGCACGAUCACUAUCGCCUGUCUCUCAGUUGAUCCUGGAAAUGGAUCAGAAGCAGGCUACGGAUGUUGCUCCGUUGAUUCCGGAAGACAGCACGCCCGUGGCCAGACGCACGCGCUCCUCACAGGGCAAGCAGGAAAUACGUCCAGAUCCAGUGGAACCAGUCGCCCCAGUCGUUCCAGUCGUCGUGCAGCCCAAAAAGCGGAAUACUAGGUCGAAAAAAAAAACUGUCCCUGCUACAGGCGGCACUGUGGAAGAUGUAUCGUCAGCUGUUGUUUCUUCCUUGAACAGUAUUGUGGCUAGCUUUAGCCACGCUACCAGGCGCACUCAAAUAGCCGAAAUAGCAGCCCGAUCCCAGGUACUGGACAGCAUUGAUUUGGUAUCAGCGGUGCCUCCACGCGUAGAGGGAUUCGUUAACCUCGACUCGGAUGACGAAGGCCAAGCAACUGCAGUCGUAGAAGAGGCCAGUGAUGUCUUUGAUGCCGACAAUCCCACAAUGGAAGUAGCUUUGUCCUGGCUUGGCGAGAUUCAGGUUUACAAGCUGCGCCAGCAUCAAAAGUUCAAGCACAUGUUCAAGGAGGUGGCCGAGCGCAACGGAGUGCAUGAGGAUAAUGUUUCCAUGGAUAUGUACUACAAGUUCAUCGGACCCGAUGACACGCCUCACAGCAUUGGUCUCAAAAGCUUUCACACAUUAAGUGGCCAUGCCACAAAGUCGGGCAAUAAAACAAUCUCCAAAAAUGACAACCAUCAAGAAGACCUAUCGAAGAAGCCCAGAAAAUUCCAGCUAAAAGUGCAAGCGGCCAAAUGGAAGCAUCCCCUGGUGGUGUCCAUCAAAAAGAAGGAUCCCUUCAAGGUAUUAUACAUCAAGUGUGCCGAGGAGCUAAACGUUGAGGCCCGUCUUAUUAAGCUAUUUUUUGAUGGCGAUCUGCUGGAUCCGGAGGAUACGCCAAAAAAUCAGGAUAUGGAGGGCAAUGAAAUGAUUGAUCUGGAGCUGAAAUCAUAAUUAUUGUAGCAAAAUUGAAAUGCUGUUAUGUUUUCUAAGGAUAUUUAUAUUUAAACUAUUUGUAAUUAAUUGAAUGUAUCAAGAUUAUUUUUAUAUAGAAAGAACUUAUUCAAGUCUGU